UCUGACGGCAGAUACCUUGUUGUGAUUGGAUGGAAUGAUGGUUUUCAUGUUAAAAUGGAAAUAUUUGAACAGACCAUCUGCCACAAUAUGUGGGGACAAAAUACACGUGAUAAAUAGAGACAAGAAAGGUAAAAGUUACUCGUACUUUCUUCACGCUCCACCAUCCAGUGACAAACCAAUCACACCAGAGCAAACACCACACAUUGAA